UGACGCUAGGUCGCUUGCUUUUUGCCAGGUCUUUGGCGUCCUCUAGCGCUGUGAGGUUGGGUACGGAGCAAGAUUGGAGUGCUCCAGGCAUCGACUCUUGUGUCGCCGAGCAAUCCUGGGUGAAGCGCAUCGCCGGAAGGGCUCUAAAAGUAGCGUGAGCUCAGCCUCCACGGCCAGCGAGCAGCGCGAGCGUAUUGCGCGUCGCCCCAGGGUGCAAAAACAGCUGCGAACUGCUCAAAUUAUGCUGCGCGCCGCACUACAAACAUCGCGUCGGCCGCUCGCCCGCGCCGCGAGUGGCCGCUGGGCGCCGCGCGCGACGCCGCCCGCGCCCGCGUCGAAGCGCCUCGACGCCAUCGGGCGGGCCAUCUUCGGGACGCUCGAGGGCAACAACGAGCGGAGCGGGAACAAGGUCCUGCGCAAGAAGCUCAAGGGCCCGCUGCUCGCGGACUAUUACUUCGACCAGUCUGGCCAGAGCGUGGACGAAGUGGGCCGAGAAAUCGUCAAGGGCUGGAUGAACGACGUCGAGGCGCGGCGCAAGAGUCAAUUGGAAGUGCUGCGGCGGCGCGGCAAGGGCCCGCCCAAAAAGGGGCAGGGCAAGCGGAGUAAGCGAUGAUGUACGUGUAUCUACAAGUUUACAGGAGAGAGGGAAACGUGAGGGAGAGAAGAGGAGGGGGAAAAGCGUCCGAUCGAUAAAGAGCCCA